AUGCUCUUGAUGUACGGUAAAUUCCGCCACCUCGCAGUUGCUGAAUUAUACACCACCAAAAUCUUGUUCUCUUCCUGUUGCUUUUCAUCAAGUCCUUCCUUGUUUGGCAUUUUCUCUCCUCUUGCUCCGGGCCCAUGCUCUUCUCUCCAGGCUGGUCUUCCUCCCACUCCCCUUCGUCUUCCUCGUCAUCGUCAUCGUCAUAAGGCAGAGCUCCAGCACCACCACUCCAUCCACAACAUUACACGCCCGGAAGACGUGGGCACAUCCACGAUCCAGCACUUUGUCGGCCCGAGAAUGGCUGCGCUGCGAUCAAAGUGCCAGAAGUCGAGAAUCUUGCGCCGCACAGCACAAACUGGUGGUGGUCACUGUCGUCAACCAGAGGCCACUCGAUCCCUUUCUGGGAGAAGAAGGAGCCGGCAUCCACUUGCCCGACUCCCAGACGCCGCGCAGCGCGUCGUGAUCCCGGCACGACUCGACGACGCUCACGUCCGACUCCUUCCAUGCGCUGUUAGCUCCGCGAGUCGAAAGCUUGGACCUGGACGAUGCUCUGGAGGAGAUUUUGCUGCUGCAUGGCGGACACCAUGUGACCGUAGCGGAGAUAAUCACUCGAUUGAUGGCCCAAGUUCAUGGAGUAGCGAACGAUCUUGAAGUCCCCACUCGAAGAACACGCAGGGCCAGCAGUAGCCGUUUCACCACGUGCCACGUGUUGGUUACCCCCAGCGAACCAGGCCCUUUUGAGCGGCGCGACAUUGUCAACCGGAAAGGUGGCGGCCCAAGAGUUAUGGCACGAUGACUUUAUCUUAGAAAAGGUAGAUCUAAAUAUGGAAUGUUCUAAACUCAAACUUGUGUUUUUUUCUCU